AUGGCAUCUUUCAGGAGAUCAUUGUCAGUGGUGCCUCAACAUGGAAGUUCAGCAGAUGAGGAAGAAUAUGCAGUGGCAUCUUCAUUACCUAAAUCACCAUCGGUGAACUCAGAUCACCUGCCAACAGGUGGUUUAUUUCUACGUUCUUUCAGUUCAUUAGACUAUGCACUGUACAAACUUCAAACACUACUCAUUCUUGGCUUAUUCCCUAAAAGAUCUUCUCGACCCUUAGAAAGGUUCAAAUCAAAGGGGAACAGUUGGAGAAGGGCUCUUCUCCAUUUCUUGGUAUGUUUCCUUAUUGGCAUACUUAUUGAGAUUACACCAUUUGCUUCACCAACUUUUUCCACGAAUCUUUUGGCCAAACAUCAGCCUUUCUCCUUGGAGAUGCUUCAACAAGUCAAUACGGUUCGGUUUUAUCAACAUGAUGAUCCAAAAAAUUUUACAUCUGCAGUCGAAGGAGUCGACAUAAAUGAUGACGAUAAACCCAAAUCAGAAGACGCUACCGAUGAACGAGAAGAUGGAAUUCCUGUUGGUGAUCAGCUAACUGAUAAAACACUUUAUGAAGAUAUAAACACAUUCAAUAAGCUUUUGAUUAUUGUGACCCCAAUAUAUUCUAGGCCAUUUCAAGCUUAUUAUUUAAAUCGUUUGGCCCAAACAUUGGGAAUGGUUCCGCCUCCUUUGUUGUGGAUAGUUGUGGAGAUGACAUCUCAAUCUGCUGAAACGGCUGAAAUUUUAAGGAAUUCUGGGGUUAUGCAUAGGCAUCUAAUAUGCAAAGAGACUUUAACUGGCACAAAUGAUAGAGGCAUGCUCCUCAGAAAUGUAGGUCUUUCUCACAUUGAGACACACCAGCUUGAUGGUAUCAUUUAUUUUGCUGAUGAUGACAACAUGUACACCACUGAUCUCUUUGACCAAAUGAGACAUAUCAGGCGGUUUGGUACGUGGAUAGUAGCUGAACUAGUGGGAAAAAAUACGCAUGCUGUUAUGGAGGGUCCAAUUUGUAAUGGCUCUCAGGUUAUGGGAUGGCAUUUGAAUGAAAGGUCAAAUAAGUUUCAAAAAUUCCGCUCAGGAUUAUCAGGGUUUGCCUUCAAUAGUACCUUACUUUGGGAUCCAAAGAGAUGGCAUCGCCGCCCACUUCAACCAAUCAGGCUGCUUGAUUCAGUCAAAGAAGCACCAUCCCCGGUUAGCAGGUUCAUCGAACAAAUUGCGGAGGGCGAGAACGAAAUGGAAUGUUUACCACUAGCUUGCUCGAGGGCAAUGGUUUGGCGCCUUGAUGGGGAAUUUUUGUAUUCUUUUCCUCAUGAAAAUUCUACAAGAAGUAGCUUAAUUCUGCAUUGGCUGAACGGGGUAUUAGAUUUUGCCAUCAUAAAGAACUUGAUUCAUUAA